ACACGGCCCCCGCCCUGCUCGCCCCGCGAUCGCUCGCGCCCCGCCAUGGAGGACCUGGAUGCCCUGCUCUCUGAUCUGGAGACCACCACUUCACACAUGCCAAGAUCAGGGCCUUCAAAAGAGCGGCCCUCAGAGGCCCUCACAUCUCCUCUGACCUAUGGCCACCAGCCACAGACAGGGCCAGGGGAGUCUUCGGGAAGCUCUGGGGACAAGGACCAUCUGUACAGUACGGUAUGCAAGCCUCGGUCCCCGAAGCCGGCGCCCCCCGCCGCCCCUCCAUUCUCCUCCUCCAGUGGUGUCUUGGGCACAGGACUCUGUGAGCUAGACCGGUUACUUCAGGAACUUAAUGCUACUCAGUUCAACAUCACAGAUGAAAUAAUGUCUCAGUUCCCAUCAAGCAAAGAUGCUGCAGGGGAACAGAAAGAGGACCAAUCUGAGGACAAGAAAAGGCCCAGUCUCCCUCCCAGCCCAUCCCCUGUUCUCCCAAAGCCUUCGGCUACCUCAGCCACCCUAGAGCUGGAUAGACUGAUGGCCUCACUCUCUGACUUCCGAGUCCAGAACCAUCUUCCAGCCUCUGGGCCAACCCAGCAACCAGCGCCGAGCUCUGUGAAUGAAAACUCCCCAUCCCAACCCGACCAGACCAGCAAGGGCAGCCUGGACACCAUGCUGGGGCUGCUGCAGUCCGACCUCAGCCGCCGUGGCGUUCCCACUCAGGCCAAGGGCCUCUGUGGCUCCUGUAACAAAUCCAUUGCUGGCCAAGUGGUGACUGCACUGGGCCGAGCUUGGCACCCUGAGCACUUCGUUUGUGGUGGCUGCUCUACAGCCCUGGGAGGCAGCAGCUUCUUUGAGAAGGAUGGAGCCCCCUUCUGCCCCGAGUGCUACUUUGAGCGCUUCUCCCCACGAUGUGGCCUCUGCAAUCAACCCAUCAGACAUAAGAUGGUUACCGCUUUGGGCACCCACUGGCACCCGGAGCAUUUCUGCUGCGUCAGUUGCGGGGAGCCCUUCGGAGAUGAGGGUUUCCACGAGCGCGAGGGCCGCCCCUACUGCCGCCGGGACUUCCUGCAGCUGUUCGCCCCGCGCUGCCAGGGCUGCCAAGGCCCCAUUCUGGACAACUACAUCUCGGCGCUCAGCGCGCUCUGGCACCCAGACUGCUUCGAAUGUUUCGCGCCCUUCUCCGGAGGCAGCUUUUUCGAGCACGAGGGCCGCCCGCUGUGCGAGAACCAUUUCCACGCGCGGCGCGGUUCGCUGUGCGCCACGUGUGGCCUCCCGGUGACCGGUCGCUGCGUGUCGGCCCUGGGCCGCCGCUUCCACCCCGACCACUUCACCUGCACCUUCUGCCUGCGCCCGCUCACCAAGGGCUCCUUCCAGGAGCGCGCCGGCAAGCCCUACUGCCAGCCCUGCUUCUUCAAGCUCUUCGGGUGAUCGAGUGACCGCGACCCUCCGGGAGACCGAGGCCAGGGCCCCGCCCUUCCCGAAAGGCCGUGUCUUCCCGAGCUCCCGGCCGACACCGACACCUGGGAGCUUGCCCCGCCCAGUGGGGCCCCGCCUCUGCGGGGGCCCACCCCCGAGGUACUGUACAACCUCCGAGGUCAAGUUCGGAAAAGACCCGUCAGUCCCAAGCCACACACCCCCAUGUGGUCGUGCGCUGACCAGCGUUCCGUUCCGUGUGAGGCUUCUCUUUAUUCCCACCUUGAGGGGAGCCCCCUGCUCUCGCACUUCCGAGUACUCAGAGGCCAGGCCGGGCUACCCUGCUCCCCACGCCCUCACUGUUCUGUGCACUUUUUUCUACCUACAUAAAUACACGUUUU